GCUCUCGCAUUUUGAUAGUCUCAUUAGCGAUCUACUAACUGUGGCUUGAAGAUGUCCACACAUUCGUCUCAAGCUGCACAGUCCAAGCAGAACGAGGAGACGGUCGAGGUUGUGAUUCACACAGACAAUGCAGUGGGCAAGCCCGACCGACUUGUCCUCCAUGACGUUCCAUUUCCGGUCUCGUUCGACUACCUUGCCAUACAAAUGUGUCUGAACAAAUUCCCGGAGCUGACAAAAUUCAGUGCGCGUACACGGGUCAACCUCAAAGUUGUAGAGGAACCAUCAUCUUUUAAUUCUAGUACACUGAGCGGAUGUAUCAAUGUUGACGAGCCCUUAUGUCGGUAUUACCACAAUCAUCUGCAUGAUGUCAUCGAUAUGCCUCGGUACAAUACUCAAACAGAUGUGGAGGGUGACGCAUUACUCGGGCUUAGCUGCGCCAAAAUCGGCGAACGCGGUGACACAGUGGACGUCGGAGGUGUAUCGAUUGCUUUCAUGAGUGGCGCUCUCAUCCACGGUAUUUGUAGGACUCUCAGAGUGCCUGAAAAUGGGAAGACCUACAUUUUACCCACUCAGCUCGGUAAAUUCCCUCUGUACAAUGCUGCAGACUUCGCCUCUCAGCUUCCUCAAUCUAUCGCGCGCAAAGGCGGCAUUCUCAUGGGUAUGCACCAAUGCGAAGCAAUGUGGAUCAAUUUCGUCGAGACUGAAGCGCGCAAUCCUUACGCCGUCAAAGUAUCCACAGGAGGAGUCAAUGCUAUCACGGGCAUGCCUAAAGAUGUUAGAGCUAAAGGCAGGCAAGACUACUUGACGGUAGGAUCGGAUGAUGCUGCCCAGGCGUGGCUGGACGGAUUUAGUACGGAAAGAGGUGUUGUUCGACAAUUUGUUGCUGUACCCACAGGACACGGACUCACCAUAGAAGCUCAGAUCACUGGAAAGGAGAUGAAACCUCCGCGUUGGCGAAAUCAUUGUCUGCAUAAACGAGUCCUUGUGCGCAAAUAUAAAUACAACUUAAUGAUCGGUCCUGAUUCUCUUCCUAGUUCUAGGCCUUUGGUCCAGGGGGGCACUUACAAGCCGCCAAAAGUUGGCUCGACACUAUAUCUAUGCGCCGUGGGCGGUGUAUACAACGUGCAGAUGAGAAUCGACAUCAAAACAUUGGACCGACGGGCCGUCCACUUGGAUGUCCAUUGCUUUGAUAAUAUUUUAAGCAUCAAAUAUAGGGUUCAGGAUGAAUUAUCCAUCCCUGUAGAUCAGCAGCGAAUAAUAUUCUGCGGUCGACAGCUCGAAGAUGACAAAACUCUCGCGGUUGACUGGAACUGGCGUACACCAGAGUGCCGCGUCACCAACGAAAGUACACUACAUCUGGUCACCAGACUUAGAGGCGGAGGAGGAGUUCAAGAUGCCCCGGACAGGGCAGAUGGUGCAGGCUUUGCCGCGGGCGGCAAAAUAUCGCAGAAAAUAAUCCGCGAUCGCUUCUCUGCCGCUGCAUACAACUUCGGCGCCGGUUGUCGUCUCCACGUCACGAUCAUAAGCCCGGCAUUCCUCUCUCAGCUCACUGGUAGAGCGCCAACCCCCACCCCGAUAUCUAUCAAGACGUACCUCGAGGCUGAUUUGCCCUGGUUCGCUCUGUACGACGAGGGAGUUCCUUCCGCAAACAAUGUCUCGUCAGGUCAUUCACUCGCUUCGAUCGAAUCUUUGCGGGCGGAUAUUAGCAAACGACGAGACGCGAACCCCUCGCAGUACGGGUGUUGUUACUGCGCCGCCACUGCGACCUUUCAACUACAGCCUUGCGGACAUCUCCUUUGCCAGGACUGUGCGGACGGCCUCCCUGAAAACGAGUGUCCGAAGCACUGUCGAGUUGUCGUUGGUAGGAAGAAGAUAAUGGCUGAGGCUCUCGCAGAGAGCGAGGCAGAUUGGGAUUGCCCCGCCGCUGGCUCAUCCGACGAACGCAUUGUGGUGCUGUCGAGGUGUGCAGAGAAGGGCAUCGUUGGGACGUUUAUGCGCGCUGCAGACAACAUCUCGAUACUAUCUUCUGAUCCUUCAGAGUUCUAACACUCCCUGUCCUUCAUCCUCUCGCCUCCGUUCACAGUGUCUUCGUUGAUCCGUUCACUUCCACUAAUUGGAGCAAUGGCACCACAGUAUAAAUAUUACCAGAGAAAAG